AUGCAAAACAGUCACAGUGGAGUAAACCAGCUGGGAGGUGUGUUUGUGAAUGGGAGACCUUUACCUGAUUCUACCAGGCAGAAGAUAGUGGAGCUGGCACACAGUGGAGCUCGACCUUGUGACAUAUCCAGAAUACUGCAGGUGUCGAACGGCUGUGUGAGUAAGAUCUUGGGACGGUAUUACGAGACAGGUUCGAUCCGUCCUCGGGCCAUAGGAGGGAGUAAACCCAGGGUGGCCACUACAGAGGUGGUGGGGAAGAUUGCUCACUACAAGAGGGAGUGUCCGUCCAUCUUCGCCUGGGAGAUCAGAGACCGACUGCUGGCAGAGGGAGUCUGCACCAACGACAAUAUUCCCAGUGUUUCAUCAAUAAAUCGAGUGCUCAGGAACCUGGCCAGUGAUAAGCAGCAAAUGGGCACAGUGGGAGCUGAAGGGAUGUUUGACAAACUCAAGAUGCUCAAUGGACAAACCACCUGGGGAGGACGCUCGGGGUGGUACGCUGGGACUACACUCACUACCACUGAGUGUCCACAGGCAGAGGGAGGGGAGAACACCAUAUCAGUUAGUUCCAACGGUGAAGACUCAGAGGAGACUCAGAUGAGGCUUCAGCUGAAGAGGAAACUGCAGAGAAACAGAACGUCAUUUACACAGGACCAGAUAGAAGCACUGGAGAAAGAGUUUGAAAGGACUCACUAUCCAGAUGUGUUUGCUCGAGAACGCCUGGCCAACAAAAUAGACCUUCCAGAGGCAAGAAUACAGGUUUGGUUCUCCAACAGACGAGCGAAGUGGAGAAGAGAAGAGAAGCUGAGAAAUCAACGUCGUCAAGUGUCCAACUCCUCCAACCAUAUUCCCAUCAGCAGCAGCUUCAACCCCAGUGUUUACCAGCCAAUACCACAACCUACUACACCAGGUAUGUCAUUCUCAUCAGGAUCCAUGUUGGGGAGGUCAGAUCCAGUUCUGUCCAAUAGCUACAGCCUACCAGCUAUGCCCAGCUUCAGUAUGGCUGCCAGCCUGCCUAUGCAAGCAUCCAGCCAGCCCUCUUAUUCCUGCAUGCUGCCCACCAGUCCCACUAUAAAUGGAAGAAGUUAUGAGACAUAUACUCCUCCACACAUGCAGCCACACAUCAAUAGCCAGUCAAUGACGUCCUCUGCAACGUCAUCAACAGGUCUGAUUUCCCCUGGUGUCUCAGUUCCGGUCCAAGUUCCAGGAAACGAAGCGGACAUGUCACAGUACUGGCCACGCCUGCAGUGA